AACGCUGAACUUGAAGUUGAAGAGAAGGUGCAUCGAUGAACUAACGUAGACCCGGUAUCUGAGCCGUUUUCCCUCGAACUCGAAGAAUCUUAAAACUGACAACUGAACAACGGACAGCUGAAAAGGGAAAGCAAAGGCACACAACAAGCUUGAGCCAGUAUGACUGAGACAAAAAAUUGCCAGCAGGUUCUAGCUGAGAUACAAGAGCAGAGUCGGACGUUUGAUGGUCCGGCCUUACUAACUCGAAGAUUUGUCACUGUGACCAAUGGGGCAGCCACAUCUAGUCAGACAGAAACUGCCGAAGCUCCUACACUGGAGAAGGCUGAGGGAGCAGUUCGCAUCAUGCAGUGGAAUGUCCUUGCCCAAGGUUUGUGCCUGUGUAGUGACAGCUUUGUGCUGUGCCCUCCCGCCGCCCUGGAUUGGAGUCGGCGGAAGAACUACGUGAUGGAGGAGUUGCUUACAUACGACCCUGACAUCUUCUGUCUCGAGGAAGUGGAUCAUUUUGACUUCAUCUCUCAAUACCUCUCUCCGCUCGGAUUCCAGGGUCUGUUCUGUCCCAAACCUGAUUCCCCGUGUCUUUACGAGGAGAACAACAGUGGCCCAGAUGGCUGUGCUGUAUUCUGGCGAAAAUCGCACUUCUCUCUGACAUCUUACGAGAAUGUUGUCUUGCGAGAUGACCGGGAAAAAGAAACCAACCAGGUGGCGCUGUUGUGCUGGCUUCGGGGUCUUUACGGUAGCUCCAAGGGCAAAGAUAUCCUGGUGGUUGCGACUCACUUAAAGUCAAAGAAAGGCUACUCAGAGCUGAGAUAUCAACAGGGCAAGUUUUUAGAGCGGGAGUUGAUGAAGCAGGCACAGGGGAAGCCUGUUGUACUUUGUGGAGACUUCAACGCCGAGCCGGAGGAGAAAGUAAUUCAGGUGAUUAAGUCCAGCAAGUUGCAGCUGAUGAGCACCUACACACUGUUGUCUCCCAGCGGUGCGGAGCCCGAGUACACCACGUGGAAAGUGCGCAGCGGGAAGCACGGAGAGACGAUGGAAGAGUCGUGCCACACGAUAGACUACGUCUUUGUCACCAGGAACAACAGCAAGUGUGUGAAGCUCCUGCAGUUCCCUACGGGUGCGGAGCUGGGAGACGGUUUUUUGCCUUCGUUUUCCUACCCGUCGGACCACCUGUCACUGGUUGCGGACCUAGUUUUUACCUGAAUACCGACCUUGACCUUGUAGUCACUGUGUCUGACUUGUUGUAAAGAGGACGGAGAAUAUGUUGUUCUAGGAAAAUGAAAGCCUAAAAAGGAGAAGGUCGUGUUUUCACUGAUUUAAGCCAAAAUUUUGUAUUUUGGGAAGAAAGAUUGAGAAGUAAUGGUCCUUGGAAUUAAUACGUGAAAUCAAGAAGUUAGAUCUUGUAGCAGUGAUGCCAAACGUUUACCUGCCUGUUGGAAGACAAGUGGAGGAGUUAUGUUGAUAGAGAAAGGCCAAAACUUAAGGGACUUGUGGUGCUAAGGUUGUCUCUGAAAUGCAGGGAAACUCAGGCACUGGUACUUGUGUAGCAAAUCGUCAUUGCAUUUCACUAUUCACACAUGGAGCUUUCAGAUUCUUUCGAUAAAAUGUGAAAAAAAAAAAUCUUUUUUGUUAGUUAGUCUGAUUUUAGCCUCUUGAUUUUUACAAAUUAUUUUUAAGUUGUCAUGAAUUAUUGAUGCAAAUGAAAAUGUGAGAGCUGAUUUGUAAGAUUCUCCUUAGGUCAAAUACCUUAGACCUGAGUUUUCAAAUUUUGUUCCUUAUGUGGAUAGUGAGCUGCAAUGACAAAAUGUUUGUCUGUAUCCGUAAGGCCAGUACUGAAUUCUUGAGCCAUAAAUGUAGCUUCACAGCUGUUGACUGUUUUGACUUGAUCUGAACUUUGGUCAACAGUGUUUGAGGCACCUUACAUCUCUGUAUUGUUGAACUUUUGUCAUUGUGAUAUAUGGAAAGGACAAACUUCCUACGGUUGGUCUGUUUUGUUUUUAUGUAAAUAUUUGCGGUAAAAGUCGCAAACCCUGUCAGUCUGAAAUUAGGUGAAGUUUUAUUUUUGUCUGAAAAAAUUACUAGAAAAUCCUCUUGCAUCAUGUCUUAGUAUUGUGAUGUGAGUUUAUGGAAUGGAAAGUAUGCAGUAUGUUGCUGUUACGAAACAUAUAUUGGUCUGGCAGUGGAGUCCACUUAUCCGAAAACAGCAGUAAACCGAAAGAAAAUAAAUUUCUCCAAUUUUUUUUUCCAUCUGUAUAUAUAUAUAUUUCAGCAAUCUCCCUAAACUAAAAACCCGGCUAAGCCAAACAAAAUCCGGCGGUCUGGCAGAUUUCGGUUUUAGUGGACUGCUCUGUAUCUGUUUUCUAACAUUCUUACACUUGCUCCCUGUUUCCCUUGAAAUCAGUAGUUUUGGACUUGCGCAGUUUGUCACUUCGGCUGCUGCUAUUUGAAGUUUUGUAAAGAGGCAAAUUAUUUACCUCAUUUCACUAUUAAAAUGAGUGCAAGGAUGAGAUUAUAAAUACAGAAAUAUGGAUUGUUUUAUAGUUUUGGCUGGAAUUAACCGCUCAUUCUGAGAGUCGUACAAUCAAAGACCUUAUAUUAAGUUAUAUAUUAAUAUUAGGUAAGUUCCAUUAGUAUUUUAGGAUAUGUAGUAUAACACGAAUAGCUUGAAUUCGUGGGGACCGGCCUUCGAUAGUUCGAGGGAUCAGUAGUUUGAGGGAUCUGUAGUUCGAGGGAUCCGUAGUUCGAGGGAAACGUGAACAGUGUUGUGGCAUCGGCUGUGUGAGAGAAUCAAGGGAGGCAACAAAGAAUGCUACCUUAGGGGCAAAAACAAUAGAUUGUGUGAUGCACAACCCUUCCUUUCACCUGCUCCCCACAAGCCUAGCUAGGCCUAGGGCUUAGGCACGCUGGGCACGCCUGUCGAACUACGCGCUAAAGAUAGCACAGCUAGCUGCUUCUGUGGAGGGGGUAAAGGAGGUAUUUUACUGAUCUUGCCAUUUUCCGUAAAAAAAAAAGUUAUUGUUAUUAUUUUGUCUCAAGUAGGCUACACCUCAAAGGACAUUGACUGUAGACCUGUAAUGCGGCGUAAUUAGUUUGAGUAUACUGUGUUUGUGUUCAAGCUUCACAUGAUUUUCUUACAAAGA